UUGCAUGUAUUCUUAUUUUAUGUUGCUAUUUCACCGUUCCGUUUUAAGGCCCUGAAGUGCUUGCUUGUUAUUCCCGCAAGCAAUGCGGACCCAGAACGCAGUUUUUCCACGGUAAAUAGACUCACACGAACCGAUCGGAACAACCUGGGAACUCCAAUGAUUGGAUGCUCUAAUGAGCCGAAGAACUUAGUCCGACAGUGGAUGACUCCUCUUCCUGGCCUGGACCUUCGUCCACACAUGCCCUCCACUUUUGUUCGAUCGGAUAGUUUCAUGAAGGACGUUAAAGAUGCCAUGCUGAAAGGAGACACAGAUGCGCUUCUGGAUCUCUACGUCACUCAUUACAUGACCAAGAAUCGAUUAAACGAUAGACAUGACGCCCAAAAGAUAAUGAAAGUGAGAGACGGGAGCUCGAAACUUCCAGAGCAAUGA